GGUAAUUCCGUAAAUAAAAGCAUUAGGAACCCCAUUUGGUAUUUAAUGAAUCGCGUAUCUGCUCCAUUAGGGUUUUUGGUCACGUCGCCGGGUCGGCUGUUGCGUUUUCUUACGUCCUCGUCCGGAGGAGUUCACAUUCUUCUACAUCCAGGCCUUGCAAUGGCCCCCCCUCAGCCGAAGACCGGUCUCUUCGUCGGUCUCAAUAAAGGGCACGUUGUCACCAGGAGGGAGCUGGCUCCUCGACCUUCCAGCCGAAAAGGGAAAACUAGCAAGAGAGUGCAUUUUGUUAGGAGUUUGAUCAGGGAAGUGGCUGGUUUUGCUCCUUAUGAAAAGAGGAUCACUGAAUUACUGAAAGUUGGAAAGGAUAAACGUGCACUGAAGGUUGCAAAAAGAAAGCUAGGUACACACAAGAGAGCCAAGAAGAAGAGAGAGGAGAUGGCUAACGUUCUCCGGAAGAUGAGGUCUGCUGGGGUGAGCGAUAAGAAGAAGUAAUGCUUCUCACUGCAAACUUUAGAAAAUGACUUUGUUUUUAAUCGCAGAUUUUCUUUAUCUAUCAGCAAGUUGUGCUUUUCUGGCAUAUUUUGGUUGACAGCCUCAUGUGGUGUUUGGUUUCGUAAGAACAGUUCGUAGUCACUUGGGCAAACUAUGCUUUUGCCUACAUUAUUCACACUCAUGGUUAUAUUGGAUAUUUAUUGUUUUCCGAGAUUUCUCUAAAA